AUGCUCCAAACCUUGUAUGACUACUUCUGGUGGGAACGGCUGUGGCUGCCUGUGAACUUAACCUGGGCAGAUCUAGAAGACCGAGAUGGACGCAUCUAUGCUAAGGCCUCAGACCUUUAUAUCACACUACCCCUGGCCUUGCUCUUCCUCAUCAUUCGAUAUUUCUUUGAGCUUUAUGUGGCUACACCUCUGGCUGCCCUUCUGAAUGUAAAGGAGAAAACUCGUCUUCGAGCACCUCCCAAUCCCACCUUGGAGCAUUUCUACAUGACCAGCGGCAAGCAGCCUAAGCAGGCAGAGGUGGAGCUGCUGUCUCGGAAGAGUGGGCUCUCUAGCCGUCAGAUAGAGCGCUGGUUUCGCCGCCGCCGCAAUCAGGACAGACCCAGUCUCCUCAAGAAGUUCCGAGAAGCAAGCUGGAGGUUCACAUUUUACUUGAUUGCUUUCAUUGCUGGCAUGGCCGUCAUUGUAGAUAAACCCUGGUUCUAUGACCUGAAGAAAGUCUGGGAGGGCUAUCCCAUACAGAGCACCAUUCCUUCCCAGUAUUGGUACUACAUGAUUGAGCUUUCUUUCUACUGGUCUCUGCUCUUCAGCAUUGCCUCUGAUGUCAAACGAAAGGAUUUCAAGGAACAGAUCAUCCACCAUGUGGCCACCAUCAUCCUCAUCAGUUUCUCCUGGUUUGCCAAUUACAUCCGGGCAGGGACUCUCAUCAUGGCUCUGCAUGACUCUUCUGAUUACCUGCUUGAGUCAGCCAAGAUGUUUAACUAUGCGGGAUGGAAAAAUACCUGCAACAAUAUCUUCAUCAUCUUCGCCAUUGUCUUCAUCAUCACUCGACUGGUCAUCCUGCCCUUCUGGAUCCUGCGAUGCACCUUGGUGUACCCACUGGAGCUCUAUCCUGCCUUCUUUGGCUAUUACUUCUUCAAUUCCAUGAUGGCAGUGCUACAGUUGCUGCAUAUCUUCUGGGCCUAUCUCAUUCUGCGCAUGGCCUACAAGUUCAUAACUGGAAAGCUCGUAGAAGAUGAACGCAGUGACCGUGACGAAACAGAAAGCUCGGAGGGGGAGGACGCCACAGUAGGGGGAGGACCAAAAAGUCGGCCCCUAGCGAACGGCCAUCCCAUCCUCAAUAACAACCAUCGGAAGAAUGACUGA